UUUUUAAAAUCUAGCAAACUUUUCACAUUUUUAUUGGAAAAGUAGCAAAAAUGAGUUUGGUGUGGACUUUGAUCGCCGGUUUUCUGUAUACAGAAAUCGCAGUGGUUUUGCUGUUGGUUUUGCCCGGAAUCAGCCCGUACAAAUGGAAUCGUUUCUUCAAAUCCAAAUUUCUAGCCAUGUUGGCCCAACAGGCACAUCUCUACUUUUUCCUAAUAAUGGGUGUGUUGGUGCUGUUCCUUCUGGAAGCUAUACGCGAAAUGCGAAAAUAUUCCAACAUUGACAACAGCGGCGAGGUCCAUCUUAACGUAGAAAUGCAGCACAGCAUGAGAUUAUUCCGGGCCCAGCGUAACUUUUACAUUUCCGGUUUUGCCAUUUUCCUUGUUCUGGUCAUACGGAAACUGGUCCAACUGAUUUCGGCACAGGCCAAUUUGCUUGCGCAGAGCGAAGCUUCCAUGAAACAGGCCCAGAGCGCUACAGCCGCUGCUCGCUCUCUGAUGACAGAGAAGACCGACAAGGCAAAGGAAGCUACCGAGGACUCAACCCUGAAUGAGCUCAACAAGCUGAAGGAACGCGUUCAGGAGCUGACCUCAGAAUUGAACCGCGAAAAGAAGGAUAAGGAAGCCGUCAAGUCCCAAGCAGAGAGCUUGAACCGUGAAUAUGAUCGCCUCACCGAGGAGUACAGCAAGUUGCAGAAACAAAUAACCAUUGGUGGCGGAGCUAAAGGUGCAUCCAUUAAGGAUGACUAAGCUAGACGCUCUUGAUGUCGAGCGCUAAAUAAACAUUUAAGGAAUGAUAAGACUUAUAACAUGGCGGUGGGGCGAAGGCAUCAACUGGAAAUACAGCAAGAUUAUAGAAGAUUAUAAAUCGAUAACAUAACCAAAAACACAAAAACA